AUGGCAACGCUAAUGUUUUCUCGUUUUCAUUGGUUUCGGCUGCGCACUCAACCAAGCGCACUCAACCAAGGGUGUGUCGCUCUCAAGCGGACCACCACCGACGCCCACCACGGGCUGAACAUCAUGCACGCCCUCUCCCUCGUCGCCGCGUCGCUCUCGCUCGCGUCGGCGCUCCAGAUCGAGCCCACGCCCGCGGUGAAGCCGCUCCUCAAGCUCCGCGGAGGUCUCGGCGGCAUCGACGCCGGCCAAGUCGCGACAAUCGUGCAGGGCAUCAGCGCCGCCAACGCCGGCGUCAUGUCGCUCGCGCCCAAGAAGGCCGGCGAGAUGUACGGCGUCGCGCUGACCAAAUGGACCGAAUUCUUUGCUCAGUGGUCUGGCAUCAUCAUGUUUGGCCAGGUCCUCACGGCGUACCUCCACGCCGGCGGCAUGGCCCUCCCCGAGGCGCUCGCGUGGGGCCUCCUCCCGUCGUGCCUCUUGAUUAGCUCUUAA